GCAGGGGGCUUUGGGAGUUCAGCCAGGCACUCACCCCGACAUCACUCUGAUGUUUGCUCCCAGGAGAUCGAGGAGGAUCGUAAAAAAGCUGAACUGGAGGGCGUCGCCGUGACAGCUCCCCGGAAGGGCCGCUCGCUGGAGAAGGAGAAUGUGGCUAUUGACGUGGAGAAGAACCAGGGUCCUUUCCGGAGGGCUCCUGGGACCCCUCGGCCCCCGGGGACCCCUCGGCCCCCGGGGACCAGCAGGGGAGGAGGCCGGACUCCCCCCCAGCAGGGGGGCCGGGCAGGCAUGGGCCGGGCCUCCCGCACCUGGGAGGACAGUCCUGGGGAGCAGCCUCGAGGAGGAGCUGGUGGCCGCGGCCGGAGGGGCCGGGGCAGAGGGUCCCCUCAUCUCUCUGGAGCUGGAGAUACCUCCGCUGCCGACCGCAAAUCCAAGGAGUGGGAGGAGCGGCGCAAGCAGAACAUCGAGAAGAUGAACGAAGAGAUGGAGAAGAUUGCGGAGUAUGAGCGCAACCAGCGGGAAGGCGUGCUGGAGCCCAACCCGGUGCGGAACUUCCUGGACGACCCCCGGCGGCGCAGCGGGCCCCUGGAGGAGCCGGAGCGGGACCGCCGGGAGGGCAGCCGCAGGCACGGGCGCAACUGGGGGGGCUCGGACUUUGAGCGCGUGCGCUGCGGCCUGGAGCAGGAGCGGCAGGGCCGCCGGGCUGGCCUGGGCGGUGCCAGUGACAUGACACUCUCCAUGACGGGCCGGGAGCGGUCAGAGUACCUGCGCUGGAAGCAGGAGAGGGAGAAGAUCGACCAGGAGCGGCUGCAGAGACACCGCAAGCCCACCGGCCAGUGGCGGCGGGAGUGGGAUGCUGAGAAGACCGAGGGGAUGUUCAAGGAUGGCCCAGCCGCUGCCCUUGAACCAGCUCACCGCUAUGAUGACCAGGCCUGGGCCCGGCCCCCCAAGCCACCGACUUUCAGGGAGUUCCUGUCUCAGCGCAAAGCUGAGGUCAGCCGCUGGAGAAGAAGAGCAGCCUGACCCCAGGCCAAGGCAAUCGCCCGUGCCUACAG